AUGGCUUUUCAUAAUGUCGAUCUUGAGGAAGAAAGCGAUCCAUUACUAAAUAAUGAUUUCAGCUUUAUAACUCUCAUAUCUGAUGUAUCAAUUGAAAUAAAAAUAGAUGAUGAUGAUUUGAUAUUGGAUGAAUCAUUCGAUCAAUAUAAAGAUAUUAAUUCUGAAAAUAAUUCAA